AUGUUGAUAAUAUGCGCGCGGAGAGAAAAGGCUUUGUAUAUCUAUAACUACCUUCACUUCAAUUACACAAGAACCUUCUCCGACCCGCCACUCACUGCCGGAGAAAACUACCUGCCGCCACUAAGCAUGGCUGACUCCGGCCGCUUCGCCAUCCAGCUCGCCGAGAAGGAAAUGCCUCAGCUAAUGGCUUAUCGUGCCAAGUUCAGAUGUUCCCAGCCUUACAAAGGCCUCAAAAUCGCCGAUUGUGGCAACUUAACUGCUGAAACCGCCGUCCUCGUUGAGACCUACACCGCCCUCGGUGCCGAUGUUCUGUUGUGCUCCUCCACGCCGCAGGAUCAUGUUGCUGCUGCCAUCAUCGCACGUGGCAGCGCCGACGUGUUCCCUUGGCCCCUUGAUUGGGGCAACGGCGGUGUUCCCCAUCUGAUUCUUGGCCUCGACGAGAUCUAUGAGAUUAAUCCUGUGGGUGUGUCAAAGGAGAUGGUCGUGGAUGCUAAGAAACUUUACGACGAUGUUUACAUGACUUUCUCCAAGAACAAGAUGGGUCUUUCCCUUGCGGACCAUGGAGCCGGGUUGACAUAUGAACCAGGUUCGGGUUUAGAUGAUGAUGAGGAGGUCGUGGCUUCUCCUUCAGUUGCAAACCUCGGAACUGAUGAUCAUCAUGAAUCGACCAAUGAUAUACAGCCUGAGUUCGUUAGUACUUUGUCCAUUAAUGGAGGCGAUCAUACAAACCUCAUCGCUGAUGAUGGGAUCGGGAUGAGCUUCGAUAUCAUGGAGAUGCUGCCUCGCAAUUUGCGUAUCUUCGUGAUUCUUGUCAUAUUGCUCACUGUUGUCGCUGGGAUGGUUUCCAAGUUUGUGUCAGCUUCUAGCUCCUUUGGAUCAACCUGA